GAACGUUUUAAAGUUGGAAGUAGGAGCUGGGUGGGAAGACGGCGUGACUGAAAAAUAGAUAUUUUAAAUAACAAGUAUUUCAAGCUUCCUGAGAGAGGUGCAGAAACUGGGAGGGGUAAAGAUCUCCCCUCCCGACCUGGUGGUCCUCUGGGGCUUGCAAGAUGCCUUCUGUAAUGGAAAAAUCAGGGAUCCUGUCCAGGAGCCGGUCUAAGUCCGCCACCAACGGCAACCAUCAGAACUCGGAAGAUGACAGCAGCGAAGAGGAACACUCCCACGACAGCAUGAUUCGUGUGGGAGCGGAUUACCAAGCUGUGAUCCCAGAGUGCAAACCAGAGAGCCCUGCUCGCUACAGCAGCAAGGAGUUGAAAGGGAUGCUCGUUUGGUCUCCAAACCACUGCGUCUCCGAUGCCAAAUUGGACAAAUACAUCGCCAUGGCCAAGGAGAAGCACGGCUACAACAUAGAACAGGCUCUGGGGAUGUUGCUGUGGCACAAACACGACGUGGAGAAGUCCCUGGCGGACUUGGCCAACUUCACGCCCUUCCCCGACGAGUGGACGGUGGAGGACAAGGUGCUGUUUGAGCAAGCCUUCAGCUUCCACGGCAAGAGUUUUGCUCGUAUCCAGCAGAUGCUUCCUGAUAAGCUGAUUCCCAGCCUGGUGAAGUAUUACUACUCCUGGAAGAAAACUAGGAGCAGGACCAGCGUGAUGGAUCGACAAGCCCGGAAGCUGCUCAGCAAGAAGGAAAAGGAUGACAGUAAUGAUGAACUGGAGGAAGGACGGCAGGCUAGUGAGGGUGAAUUUGAUGCCCUGGAUCCCAAGAAGGAGCCUAGUUAUCAGAAGCCCCUGAACAACAAGCCGGGGCCUGUGAAGGAGGUGCAGCUGUCCCAGUACCGGCAUCACCCGCUCCGCGCCCGCCGGCGCCCUCCCAAGGGCAUGUACCUGAGCCAGGAGGAUAUCACCGGCCUGUCCGCCAGCCCGGACAUCGCUUGCCUCACGUUGCGCCACCUGGACUCUCAGCUGGUUUCCCUCAAGCGGCAGGUGCAAAGCAUCAAGCAGAUCAACAGCAGCAUGAAGCAGGCGCUGGAAGGCGGGAUAGACAAACUGCGGCCGCCGGAGACAAACAUCAAGUUCAAUUCGCGCUGGACGACGGAUGAGCAGCUGCUGGCCGUGCAGGCCAUCCGGAAGUACGGCAAAGACUUCCAGGCCAUCGCGGAAGUGAUCAGCAACAAGACGGUGGCCCAGGUGAAGACCUUCUUCGUCAGCUACCGGCGUCGCUUCAACUUGGAGGAGGUGCUCCAGGAAUGGGAGGCUGAGCAGGAGGGCGUGGGCCCGGCCGCCCCGCCGGGCGGCUCCCCUUCCCGGGACCCCAAGAGCUCGGGGGCUUCGUUAGCGAGCAGCGAAGAAGAGGACGAGGUGCAGAUCACGGCCGUGUCACGGUCCUCGCAGGAGCAGCAGCAGCAGCAGCCACCGGCGCCCCCCGUCCCCCCUCCGCUGCCCCUCCCUGCUUCCCCGCGGCCCCCCCCAGCCGCGCUCUCCCAGCCGCCCCCGUUGCUGAGGCCCACGCUGCCCACGGCGCCCACCCUGCACCGCCAACCCCCGCCCCUGCAGCAGGGGCGCUUCCUGCAGCCCAGACUGUCGCUCAACCAGCCGCCGCCCCCGCUCAUCCGGCCGGCCGCCUCGCGGCAGGCGCCCCGCGGGGGCCAGCACCCGCCCUCGCUGCUGAGCGGGACCGGGGAGCCCCCUCCGCCCUCCUCCAGUUCCCUCUGAGGAGGGGGGGGCGGCGGCCGCCGACUUCCUUAGCGAUCCGUGAGCCUUGUUACGCGCCAGUUGCAGCUGGGAUUGGUACGACCCGAUCCGCUUCACCACCCAGCACAGCGAAGCGGGUUUGCUGUGGUGGUGCUGGAAAGUGGGGGAAGGAGGGAGAGAAAGGGACCUUGUUCUCCCACGGUCAUCUGACCCGGUUCAGGUAACAUCCGGAAGG